AUGACCGGACCCUUUAAACCCCCCCAAGAAAAAGCGCUCAAGGAAAGUUAUGCCAGAGACUGCAACCCCACAAUCGGAGAGACCAUCCUCUUAGUCCAUGCCACUGGAUUGGAAAAGCUCCAGGUUACGCGAUGGUUUGGUAGACGUCGGUCGGAAGCGAGAGGUAGAGGGGAGGAAUUGAAGACUGUGAAUGCGGAGAAGAAUGGAAGGACUGCGCACUCUAUGUGGGCUCGCUAUUGACGAGAUCCGGAGGGAUACGUGGAGGGGUUGAGAUGUGGUAGGAUUGAUUUGGUUGAUGAUGGGGAGAUUGGGAAGGGAGGUGGAGAGGAUGGUGGAAAGGAGCGUCGAAAGGAGAAGGAUGAUGGUGGGGAUUUUGGGAAGAAGGGUGUGAAAGAGGAAGAGGAUGAGGAAAAACUCGAAGACCCCCUCAAAGAAUGUGGUGUUGUUGCCAGUGUGGAAGACAGCCCAGACCAAUGA